AUGGAUAAAGUAAACACGGAGGCGGCGGAAGAAAAGUUCAAUGUUGCAACGCAUGUUGAAUUAAUUGAUCUGGUGGCAAAGGGGGAUGAAGUGAGCUGCAGAAACCAAUGCUUUACACCCUUUGAUGAGGAAAGCAUGGACUGCCGUUGUGACAGACUCUGUAAUGAAGCUGGAAGCUGUUGUUUGGAUUUUGCAGAAAUCUGUCUUCAGCCUGCUGAGCUCUGGACAUGCACCAAGUUCCGCUGUGGGGAGAGCCGUUUACCUACUAGCCAUUGUUCAUGUUCUGAUGAUUGUUUGGAAAAUAGUGAUUGUUGCACUGAUUACAAGACAGUUUGUAAAGCGGAAACGUCUUGGGUGGAAGAUAAGUGUGAAGAAAUAAAUGCCCCUCAAUGUCCAGCAGGAUUUUCUCAACCACCCUUGAUAUUGGUUUCAUUAGAUGGUUUCAGAGCCGAGUAUUUAAAGACCUGGUAUGGUUUGAUGCCAGUUAUUGACAAACUCAAGACAUGUGGGACACAUUCUCAGUACAUGAGAUCCAUGUACCCCACUAAAACAUUUCCAAAUCACUACACUAUUGUCACGGGACUGUAUUCGGAAACACAUGGCAUUGUUGACAACAACAUGUAUGAUGUUGAAUUAGACAUGUCUUUCUCUCUGUCUGGUGAUGAGAAAAACAAUCCAGUGUGGUGGGGUGGACAGCCAUUGUGGCUUACAGCUAUGUACCAAGGCCUACAAGCAGGUACUUUCUUCUGGCCUGGAUCUGAAGUGAAAAUAAAUGGAACAUACCCAAAUAAAUAUGUGAAAUUCAAUAAAUCAAUUUCAUUUGAAGAAAGGGUAUUUACUGUCUUGAAAUGGCUCAGUUUACCUGAAUCAGAGAGGCCACACUUUUAUACCCUGUACCUUGAAGAACCAGAUGGUGCUGGACAUUCAUUUGGACCUGUUAGUAGUGGAGUGAUUGAAGCAUUACAGUCAGUUGAUCAGAUAAUAGGAAUGCUGAUGGAUGGACUCAAACAGAAAAACCUACACAAUUGUGUUAACCUCAUUAUUGUGGCUGAUCAUGGAAUGGAAAAGACUUUCUGUGACCAAAUUGAAUAUAUGACUAAAUAUUUUAAUACAGUGGAUGAUUUAUAUGUAUACAGUGGUCCAGCUGCUCGCAUUCGAGCGAAAAAUGUUCCCAAGGACUAUUUGACAUUUGAUUCAGAAGGAGUUGUUAAAAAUCUUUCUUGUCGAUAUCAGAACCAACAUUUCAUACCUUAUAUGGCCUAUGACUUGCCAAAACGCUUCCACUUUGCCAACAACAUUAGAAUAGACAAGGAGGUCCAUCUGUACUUGGACAAACAGUGGCUGGCUGGACGAGAUCCAGUGACAUUCAAUUUCUGUGGUGGUGGAAACCAUGGCUAUGAUAAUGAAUACAAAAGCAUGCAAGCUAUCUUCAUAGCUCAUGGGCCUGCUUUCAAAUAUAAAACUGAGGUUAAUCCAUUUGAUAAUAUUGAACUCUACAACAUGAUGUGUGACUUGUUGCAGAUUACACCUUCGUCAAAUAAUGGAUCUCAUGGCAGUCUAAAUCAUCUGCUGAAGAAUCCUUCUUAUAAACCUACUCUUCCCACUGAAGUAUCUGCUUUAUCCGUCUGUCCACUUUCCACACUGGUUCCAAAUGAUGAUCUGGGAUGUUCAUGUCCUGGGCUGACCAUGAAUAUUCUGGAUUUGAAUAAAAGAAUCAAUCUUACUGUCGCAGAAGUUAAAAAAGUGGAAGCCAUUACCAUGCCUUACGGAAGGCCCCGUGUUUUACAGAAGAACAGCACAUACUGCCUCUUGCACCAGGCAUCUUAUGUGACUGGAUAUAGUGCUGACAUCUUAAUGCCUUUAUGGAGUGCAUACAGUAUUUCAAAAUUGACAGAGAUUAGUCCAAAUGUUUCAGACUGUCUGCGUGCUGAUCCUCGAAUCUUAGCAAACAACAGCCAGAAGUGUUCAAACUAUAAUCCAGAAUUAAACAUUACCUAUGAUUUUCUUCAUAUUCCAAAUCUGAAUAAAUCAGAGGUGGAACAAUAUGAUGCAUUAAUUACGAGCAAUAUUGUGCCUAUGUAUUCAGCUUUCCAAAAGAUCUGGCAUUACUUCCACAACAUUAUGCUGCCAAGAGAUGCUGCACAGCGCAAUGGCAUCAUCGUAAUGAGUGGGCCAGUGUUUGACUAUAAUUAUGAUGGACAUUUCGAUACUCUUGAACAAAUUAAGGGACAUGUCAAUGGCACAGCAAUCCCCAUCCCAACUCACUUCUAUGUUGUCCUUACCAACUGCAACGACACCGCACAGACUCCCCAACAAUGCAAGGGUUUACUACAUGCACGGUCCUUCAUUCUACCGCACAGGCAAGAUAAUAGUGAGAGCUGCCCAAAUAAUAAAAAAGAAUCCCAAUGGAUUGAAGAGCGAAUCUGGGCUCAUACAGCACGAGUGAGGGAUGUGGAGCUGAUCACAGGACUUGAUUUUUAUCAGGAGAGAAAGCAGCCAGUCAAUGAGAUUUUACAGCUAAAAACAUUUUUACCUGAAUUUACACCUAACGUUUAA